AUGGGGUACUUCAUCCUCCUUUUGACAGUAGUGCUCCUUCGGAGUAUGAUUGUGACAGUAACCGGGUCUACCAUUACCGAAGCUCGCCCACCUCCUCGUGUUGAUGAUUUUGGUCCUACGUGCGAAAUGAUUGAUGGUACUGUAGGCGUUUGCGUACCCAACUACCAAUGCAACCCGGAAACAAAUGCUAUAGACAAAAACACAUUCGUCGACCUACGAAUUGGCACGUGUCCCCACUACAUGCAAGUUUGCUGCUUAAAUUCCGAAGUGGCGAAGCCCAGCGAGCCAAAAGAAAAACUACCCAUGGGGAGUGAAAAUAUUGGUACGGCUGAUUUUGGGGAGUUUCCUUGGAUGGUUGCUAUAUUAAGAAAUACUGCUCCAGACGUUGACUGGUCACAGGAGGACUAUCUCGGAGGCGGUUCCAUCAUCCAUCCUUCAGUUGUGAUCACCGCAGCACACAAAGUCGAUGGCCUGCUUGAAAAUGAGGUGAAGUGCCGAGCUGGUGAGUGGGAUACGCAGGAAGACUCCGAGCUAUAUUCAUCACAAGAACGGCGAGUUAAGAAGAUCGUCACGCACGAUGACUUCUUUAGAUUGCAGGCUUAUUACAACGUGGCCCUGUUGUUCUUGGAGAAACCUUUCACAUUUCGUGACUCGCCUCAAAUUGGAGUGGGAUGUCUGGGCAAGACAAUCCCUGCACCAGGCACCAUGUGCUUCACCAUGGGCUGGGGAAAAGAUUUCAAUGGCAAAUACGCCACUACUCUCAAGAAGAUAAAACUGCCGCUUAUUGAAUCGGACAAAUGCCAGCACAGCCUACGUAACACCAGACUGGGCUCCCGAUUCCUUCUCCACCCGUCUCUGAUCUGUGCAGGCGGUGAGGCUGGGGUCGACACUUGUAAGGGUGAUGGUGGUUCACCCCUUGUUUGUAGCAUUGAGGAUCCCAAAAAAGACACUCGCUUCGCAAUAUUCGGCAUCGUCUCAUCAGGAAUUGGAUGCGGGAGGAGUGAUGUUCCAGGUGUAUACGUAAACGUGCCCUACAUCUACGACUGGGUUGUGGAGCAGAUGAAUGAGGAAAAACUGGAUAAAACCUCCUUUACCUACUAA